AUGGCUGACGCGCUUGAGGAUGAGGAGGUCGCCGCUCCCGAGGCCGAGCCGGAGGAGGAGGUGACCGACCUCAUGGGAGCCGUGCGUGGCGUGCUGAAGAAGUCCCUCAUGGUGGACGGCGUGAUCCGGGGCCUCCACGAGGUUGCCAAGCACAUCGAGGCCUGCAAGGCCCAGGUCGUGUUCCUGGCCGAGUCCUGCAACGAAGCCACCUACAAGAAGCUCAUCCAGGGCCUGUGCGUCGAGAAGAACGUGCCUGUGAUCGAUGUGCCUGACAACAAGAGCCUGGGCGAGUGGGCAGGCCUCUGCAAGAUUGACAAGGAUGGCAUGCCCAGAAAGGUCGUCGGCGCCAGCUGCGUGGCUGUGGUGGACUUCGGCGAGGAGGGUGAGGCAGGCAAUCGGAGGGAUCCGGGCACGGACAGCAGAGAGAACAUGGGGUGGAGGAGGAUGGGCAAUGCCCCGUUGUGUGGGAAUGUCAGCACCCCUGUAGAAGAAGGGCGGGUGGUCAUGGCUGACGCGCUUGAGGAUGAGGAGGUCGCCGCUCCCGAGGCCGAGCCGGAGGAGGAGGUGACCGACCUCAUGGGAGCCGUGCGUGGCGUGCUGAAGAAGUCCCUCAUGGUGGACGGCGUGAUCCGGGGCCUCCACGAGGUUGCCAAGCACAUCGAGGCCUGCAAGGCCCAGGUCGUGUUCCUGGCCGAGUCCUGCAACGAAGCCACCUACAAGAAGCUCAUCCAGGGCCUGUGCGUCGAGAAGAACGUGCCUGUGAUCGAUGUGCCUGACAACAAGAGCCUGGGCGAGUGGGCAGGCCUCUGCAAGAUUGACAAGGAUGGCAUGCCCAGAAAGGUCGUCGGCGCCAGCUGCGUGGCUGUGGUGGACUUCGGCGAGGAGGGUGAGGCCUACAACUACAUGAUGAAGCACCUCGGAAAGUGA